AUGCCGCGACCUUCGCGUGAAUCUUAUGGCGAUCAAAAACCACCAUAUUCAUAUAUCUCCUUGACGGCUAUGGCAAUAUGGAGCUCGCCGGAACGCAUGCUGCCGCUGUCGGAGAUCUACCGUUUCAUCACGGACCGUUUCCCGUAUUACCGGAGGAACACGCAGCGCUGGCAAAACUCCCUCCGGCACAACCUCUCCUUCAACGACUGCUUCGUGAAGGUCCCGCGAAGACCAGACAGGCCCGGGAAGGGAGCGUACUGGACUCUGCACCCGCAAGCUUUUGACAUGUUCGAGAACGGCUCGCUACUUCGGAGACGAAAACGGUUCAAGCUCCAGAAAGGAGAAAAAGACAAUUUGAAUGCCGAAUUAGCAGCCCUCGCCAACUUCAAUAGGGCAUUUUUAGCACGUCAAGCUAGCGCACCGCCGGCACCGCAGAUUAUUCCUAGUGCCACGUUAUACACACCACCAAUGUGCGCCCAGUUGAGUCCAGAGCCAGCUGAAAUGCCAGAGACGACAUCAAUCACGAUGUUGCCUAAGGAGAGACCUCGCCGGGCUUUUACGAUUGAUGCGCUUUUGGAGCCCGAACCGCCGCGUUCGUCGCCGUCGCCUCCGCAGCCGAUGCUGGUCCAGCCAGCUCCGAGGCUUGGUAUAUCGAUGCCGUCGCCGUAUCUAGUGGCAGCUCACAGAUACCACGCCGAGCUGCUGCAGGCGGCGGCGCACGCGCUGCGCCCCUGCUACCUGCCGCCGCCGCCGCUGCCGGUCGCGUGA